GUCAGGAUUUAUCUCCAAAGAAGAAAUAGAAGCUGGUGAGGAGAUUGAGAUGACGCCCAUGGUGUUUGCCAAAGGCCUGGCCGACUCCGGCUUCUGGGGGGACAAGCUCUUCGGUCGGAUCAUGGUGGAGGACCUGGAGGUGGGCCAAGGCUUCCAGAGGAAGGCAUGCCGGGCCCGGGCCAUUUACGGCCUCGAGCCAGUCUUUGAGUCCGGGCGCACCGGCGUCAUCAAAAUCCGUAACCUCAUUGCCUUCGGGGGGCGCAGCGAGAACACGCUGAUGGAGAGGAACUACGACAUCACCAUCCAGGAAUGCAAGAUCCAGAAUUCGAGCCGGGAGUACUGCAAAAUCUUUGCGGCAGAGGCCCGAGCCAUCCCUGCCUUUGGGCCUGUGCCCGAAAUAAUCCCUGUUUACCUGAUCUACCGCCCGGCGAACAAUGUCCCCUACGCAACCAUGGAGGAGGACCUGCCCGGCCAGUUUGAGCGCUUCUGUGGGCGAGAGCGAGACGGCAGCCUGGCUCCAGCCAGCGCCUCCGAGGUCGGGCACAAGUGCACCGCCUUCCAGCACUGGCUAUACCAGUGGACGAACGGCAACCUGCUGGUGACGGACUUGGAAGGUGUUGGCUGGAAGGUCACCAACGUGAGGAUUGUUACCAGAACCAAAGGGUACCAGGGCCUGAAGGACAGCUGCUGCCCUGCCUUGCUGGAACACUUUGCCGCCUCCCACCGGUGCAACCGUUACUGUGAGCUUCUGGCCCUGAAGAGCCUCGAAACCCCGCAGCCUCCCGCCAAAGCCAAAGGCUCCCGCAGCCCCAUCUCCAACAGGAAGGCCCCGUCAGCCCAGGCGAGCCCUCAGCUCCAGAAGAAAGGCUUGGCUAGCCCUCAGCCCCUGCGGAAAGGUUCUGUGAGCCCUAAAAGCGCCCGCAGGUGCCCCGAGGUAACAGAAUCCCAGCCACCGGCAAGGCCCAAAGCCGGGGACAACGGCAAGGCCAGCCGGACGCAGUGAAGACACGGUGACCUUCACGGACGCCUGUUGCAUGUGCCGGGGAAGGGGACACGGUGGCCAGUGCCACGCCCUUCCAUGGCCCCUUCCUUCCAGUGUGUGAGGCCUGUGUGCGGUGUUUGAGGGAGGGGGCCACGCUGUGUCUUGGAGAGGGCCGUGUCCGGGCACUUGCUGUCCGGGCGGCGUUUGAAGGGCUCAGAAACGAUGGACGGUGAACCCAGCCAUUUUGGACCCUGCGAGCCUCAGGGAUUUCCUUGCCCGUGGCACCCCCACGUGGCUCCUCCUCGGUCCGUGGCAGACGUCAAGAGUUGUCUUCCUGCCACAGGCUGUUCUUACGACUCUUGAUCGGAGGAAUUCACAGGCAGAACGGUUGUACAUGAAUCUCUCACAGGAACGGCAGUGGAGCCUGUGAUCCGUCCGUUUCCCCUCACUCCACUCCCCACUCCCCUCUGAUUUGUGUGGGUCGUGACCCACGGGGGAAGCCCUUUGACCCCUUCCUUUCUUUGCCCCCUCCCACGCUUCACCUCACAAAGACCCCAGAAAACAGGAGGGAAGAUGGGUUUUCUUAGCUGGGGUGGGGGGGCGGGGGAUGUCUCGAUAAGGGCUACGUUAGUGGUGGACGUGGCUGUUGCCUGUCUCUACCAGCACUUUCAGGAGAUUAAAUGUCUUGCGGUUUUUUGUGGCUGAUGAGUUCAGAGGACUAUUGGGAAGGGAGGGGCCCGGGUGGGGUCGGUCAUCGCUUGUCUGAUGACAUGGGAGUGUCACAGUCUCGUCUUCCCCUCUUUUUUUGCCCGCCCCCUCCCUCGAACAGCGCGACUCCUGUUAAAGACCUCAAACGGCAUUGACCUACCAUGGUAAAGACUGUCUGUGGGAUAGAUCGGUCUCUUCCUUAAGAUGGCACCUGAUUUCUGUUAGCCUUCUUCCCCUGCCUGCCACCCAAUAUCCCCUUCAUGUUUUGUGCCUGUUCCAGACUUGCUUUCCUGUCACACCGCAGAUUCCCCUGUAGCACUGCCUCAGUUCACCAGCAGCCCUAAUGGGUAGAUCAAAAUCCGACUGCCUAUAACUUUCCCUUCUAUUGCUAUGCAAUUUCUCCCGGACUAGCUUUUAGUCUAGUACAUUGGGACUCUGAAGGACGUGGCAAACUAGGAAGGACACCUUGGAGCAGGGAAUAUGAAACACGGCUUGGGAUGGAGAUGCCGCAGGUGGUCUCUGGCCAGCCUUUCUCUGUAGACCGUUGUGAGCCAGGGGUGUACCACCCAGGGGGACAUAGAGGGUCAAAUGUUUCCGGGCUGCGGCCAUUUAGUCAUGGGGGGGAGGCAUUUUUCUUAGACACACUCUGUCAUGAGCUGAUAUCUGAUGGGUCUGGGUGACUGCCCAGCUCCUGAUGUAUUCAAACAGCCACCAUCCUAUCAAAACCAUCCUAGGUAGAGAGUUGUUUAGGAGCAAGGAGGAAAUCUGACAUGGGAAGAGUUAGCAAAGGCCUGAAAUUUGGGUCCCGUUCUUAGAAUUUUUGGAUGGAAAGCCCUCUGGUAGCAGAUGUUGGAAAAGACCUUUCUCUGCUUGGAGAGGCACAGCCAGUCAGAAUAGAGAAAUACUGAAUUAGAUGAACGAACGACCUGACUCCGUAUAAGGCAGCCUCACUUCCUUCCAGCAGUAGGGUUUCCUUUGCUCUGUGCAGCGCUGGAGUUUUGCAACCUCUUUGGUAGGCAACAUCGUGCUCCUUUGGAAGCGCAGGCGGAUUGGCCGUGGGACUUGCAGAGGCAGUUCCUGGUGGAGUUCUGGCAGUCAAGAGCAAGAAUAGCCAAGCCCUGCCAGGAUCUCUCAGUGCAGACCUGGGCAGCAACGUCCCUUCAGGCCUCGCUGUUAGCCCUUCCCCUCAUGUGGAUCCUUGCCCUUGAAAAAAAUCCCUUGUGGAUCCCCACCACCACCCUUGAAAAAAGCCCUUGUGGAUCCCCACCACCACCCUUGAAAAAGCCCUUGAAACGCCCAGCGGCUUCGUUUGGCAAAGAAGGAAACCAUCUUGUGAAAAUGGCUACCAAACUAAACAUCAUGUUUUGUUCUGCUUGAAGUAACUGAUGGAAGAGUGAAGUAAUGGAUGGAGAUCAAAACAGAGUCACCAUGCUUUCUGUUGGCCCAUCAGCAUCCCCGAGAUUUGGGGACACAACAUCUGCUAGACACAACAUUUAAUUGUGGGCCAGUCCAGGUUCCCAAAGUCCCGUCUCUCAGCAAGCUCACCCCGUUUUUUUUACUUUUUGCCCUGUUCGUCCCAGUGUUCAGAGGUGGCAUUUUCUUCACCUUGCAGUUGGCAUGCAAGAUGUUUUCCAGUCUAUAAACAAACUUAAUUGUUUGGGCUGCUCCGUCUUUUAUCAUGACAGAGCGCCAACCAGCGAGACACCCACUCUGUGUGGUCCUGCCCUGAUUUCUUGGCAGUUAGGGCUUGGUGCAGACCGUGACGUUGUAGUGACUGCAGCACUGUUGGAGAUACAUCCUUGUAAUGAGGAUAUCUUGGUGUCCCCAUGCACCAGUGAAAGGCCCAUUCAUGCCCGUUGUGCUGUGACAAAAAGAGAGCGAUCGUGUGAGCACAACCCGACAUUCGUUACUGUUAGGAACAGUCAACAGGACUAGCUGGAUUUGAGUCCAGUCGCACCGUAGAGACCAGCAAGAUUUUCAGGAUGUAAACUUUCGAGAGUCAAACCUCCCUUUGUCAGAUAUUUUGACUCUGGGAUAGCUCAUACCCUGAAAACCAUGUUGGGUCUCUAAGGUCCUACUAGACUCAAAUAUCACUGAUCCACUGCAGACCAGCAGAGCUACCCUCUGAAAUCGUCAACCUAAGUUGCGGGAUCACUCUCCUUCAAGAAGUUACAAAGAUCACGAUCGCAGACUUGACUUUUCAACUGGGAUAUUUAUCGGGGACCAUUUUUGAAAGACACCUCCUAAGCUCCCAGUAUGCUUACAAAGCAGAACCUACUGACCUUAGCUCAGAAACUAGUUGAUGGUCUAGGGCAGACCUGGGCAUUAUACGGCCUGCGGGCCACAUUCGGCCCGCCGGAUGACCCUGACUAGCCCCCCUGCCGUGCUGGGGA